GUCACGCGCGACCCGCUGGCCAAUCCUCGGUUGAAACAGUCAACACUUCGCUUCACCUCCACCUGUCAGCUGUUGCUUCAAAGCGAGUCCCCCGGCUUCCAGGUUUCUCGCUCAAAAUCAACCCAAACCGCGGACAUAUUCGGAGAAGCGAGCGGAAGCAGCGUGAAGCUGUCCGUCCAGCAGAACAAUGUCGGAUUUCGACAGCAACCCUUUCGCCGACAACCCGUUUCAGGAUCCAUCAGUGACACAAGCAAGACAGACCAACACUGCAGGGUUGGAGGAGUACAACCCCUUCACAGAUGCCAAACCAAAUCCUGCCGGUACGGCGCCUAAGACUGCAGGCCCUGCGGCCGGCACGCAGCCGGCCAUCAUGAAGCCUUCAGAGGAGCCUCCUGCGUACUCACAACAACAAGGACAGGAGCCGUCCCGAGCGGCUGCUGAGCUGCUGAGGAGGCAGGAGGAGCUGGAGCGCAAAGCUGCAGAGCUCGACCGACGGGAGAGAGAGAUGCAGUCACUCAGUGCUUCAGGAGGAAGGAAAAACAACUGGCCUCCUCUCCCAGAGAGCUUUCCUGUGGGGCCGUGUUUCUAUCACGACAUCACCGUGGAUAUCCCUGUAGACUUUCAGAAGACGGUCAAAAUCAUGUACUACCUCUGGAUGUUUCACGCUGGGACGCUGCUGGCUAACCUGGUCAGCUGUCUAGCCUGGUUCUGUGUGGAUAUGACCCGAGGGGUGGACUUCGGCCUGUCCAUCCUCUGGCUUUUGCUCUUCACGCCGUGUUCCUUCGUCUGCUGGUACCGAACUCUUUACGGCGCUUUCAGGAGCGACAGCUCUUUCAGAUUCUUCGUCUUCUUCUUUGUGUACAUCUGUCAGUUUGGCGUCUACGUUCUCCAGUGCAUUGGGAUUACUGGUUGGGGCGCAAGCGGUUGGAUAUCCGCUCUGACUGGCCUGAACAAAAGCAUCCCAGUGGGCAUCCUAAUGAUCCUGGUUGCAGCUCUCUUCACCUCCCUGGCUGUUCUGUCCCUCAUCAUGUUCAAGAAGAUCCACGCACUGUACCGCACCACUGGCGCCAGCUUUGAGAAGGCCCAGCAGGAGUUUGCAACAGGCGUCAUGUCCAACAAGACGGUCCGAACAGCUGCCGCUACCGCCGCCUCCACAGCUGCACAAGGAGCGUUUAAAGAGCAAGUCUAAUCAACAUGAGGAGACGAGUCCUCUGGGCCCAUCAGAGAGCGCAGGCAGCUGUCAGACGGAACUGCAGGGGCUUAUGGGAGGGCGUUGAUCCAGCGGAGAACAGCCUCAGUGUGAAACCAUCACCCGGAGGAUCCCUGGGGCCUGGCUGUGCCGUGGACUCGGAGACCUCCCCCCCUCCGCUGCACUCUAAGCUGGGCUUCCUCUGUGUGGGUUUGUGUGCAUGUGUGUGGCCAAGUUGCUAAAUGUUUGUGUGCCUUUUUGAAUGUGUGCUGUCGCCUGUGGGUCAGGGACGGAUUCUUGAGCCGACUCCUGAGAUCUUUGGGGGGGGUUUACCCUCCAUCAACCACUUUGGGAUUACUUAAACUCUAAUCCAAAUGACUCGUUUCUAAUAUUAACAGGUUUGUUUUUGGCUUAUAAAAAAGGAAAAAUGUCUUCUUGUAUUUUCAAUCUAUGCUAAAAUAAUAAGGUGCAUAAUUUAAUCCCACUAACCCUUAGUGAAGCUAUAAUGUAUUGCAAAAAUAUGAAUGCUGUGCAUUCUAGGUCACGGCCUCCUGUUCUGCUUUUUCUUUUCUCCCUCAGUUUCUACUUCCUUUAAACGGGCCUCACUUGAAAUCUUACGCUCCCCGGCUGCAAGGUUGUAAUCCAGAUUGAGUUAAAGAGAAAUCUCAUGUUAAAGAAUCUGCAUUCAGGAGUAAGGUGUCUGUAGUUGUAGUACAACAAUAGUCCACUAGAUGGCAGUGUUUGUUAAUCACGAUCAUUUGUCUUUUUCUUUGGCGAAAUAUUUAACUUCUAUGUAAAUUAAUUUAAUCUGAGACACUGGGAUUAGGAUUCACCAUAAUUAAAAUGUUUCAGGCUGUCAUUUCCUCACUUAAUUUUUAGCCUAAUGUCAGAAUUUUGUUUGGGCCAUUCUAACACAUUAUGUUCUGCUUUAAAUGUAAACACUUUGGUUGUGGCUUUAGAGCUAGAGUUUAGUUCUUUCAAAAUGUAAAUAUUUACGCCCUCCAUGUAUUUAGCUUCAUUCUUCUUCCCAUCAUCCCUCACUAGUUCAAAUGGUACUCUUUCUGCUCACCUCAUUUGCUCUGUUCUAUCAUAACUUUAAACAUGAAAAUACCAUACAGACUUGGAUAAGAAAAUCAUUAAUCCAACAUUCUAAAAAAUAUAUAUUUUCAAAUACCUAUUUUUCUAUAGAUGUCUUGAACUCCGAAGUGCUUUCCAAGGCCUUAAUGUCUCCUAUUGUAGAGCCUGUGUUGUAUUAUUUAGUCUUAAUUCGGUGUCCUGGGUAGAUUAAUUCCUCCGUGUUUCGUACUGUUCAAUCAUUUUGCUCCCAAACGUACAUUUUUUAAGUUACAAAGCAACAGGUCAUUCAUUAAAAAGGACUAUUUCUGCAUGGUAAAUACAUAUUUAGCUGUUAUUUUUCAGAUUUUGAUCAUGUGAUAAAAUUGUAAGGGGUUUUAAGCAUAAUGUAGUGUGUUACCAUGGCGAUUAAUGUAGAUGCAGAGUGGCUUAUUGCAGUCAGCGUGGUUUGGUAUGUACACUUAAACUUUAUUUAUCUAAAGCCAUUUCUGACAACUGCAGGGAGAGGAUAAUAGGAAGGAUUGUUUGUAUAUUUCUGAAUGGUUUGGUGUCAUUCUAAGAUGCACAUCGGUUUUACCUUGAGUCAUCUGUUAAGUAGUUAGGUAGUUGGACAAAUUUGAUUUUUUUUUUUUGUAUAUUUAUUGUUCUGAUGAAUAAAAUUUGCCGCCUUUGUGUGUUCCAUUA